CUUUUUCUUUGUUUCCCUUGACAUUUUGUUUAUGAUUUGAACAUACACGCCUUCUACCUGAUCACCGUUUGAAUAAUCUAGAUAUUCGACGCAUACGUAAUUUUUCCUGUAUAGUGUGUUACAGUUGUUCGUAAAAGCGUCGGAGUUUGUUUUGUUUAAUCAUUGUGAUAAUGGAAGACAGGUAUCUUUUCUUUUUCAGUAGUGGUUUUAAUUUUCUAUGUUUAUUGAAACGAAAAUCAUAUUCUCGCUCAUUAGAAUCUGUUAAACUGUAAAGCUAUUGCAGUCAGAAGUGAAGAAUGGUUUCAUAUAGUCUUGUAUUGCAUUGGGUAUUUUUUUUUUCUUGUCGACAACGUAAAUACGGGGGUGAGUGACUACUAAUUACAUGGCGGAGCACAGGACCCGCGGUUUUUUUACACCAGGACAUUUUCCUAUAUCGACUGCUGAUACUUGAAUAAUUAGUGCCAAAUUAUCAGAUCGAAUCAACCAGCGUAAAUGGCAGAAGAAAUAGCGGCAUAUUCACCCGCGGGGAAGUGCCCCAACAAUUGGGAGGGGCGGAGGAUAUAUGCACGCGACGUUGCACGAAACAGCGGGUGUAAUUCAAGUCGCACAAGUCACCUGUCCCUUAAAUACAUCAAACGGAAUCUGAUGUCAUUAUUCCGGGUAAGGCAUUGGGUCGUGUAAUCGUUUUUCUUCAUAACCAACUAAUUUUAAUGCUUACAUGCCCCUAUUUUAUUCUUAAACAAAUGUUUUCCUCUUGUUGUAGAAUUGGCGGCAUUAUAGAAAAACGAACCAGAAAGCAAGUCAAUUUUGGUUAAUUUCCAAAAUACGGUAUUGUCUCCUUCGUCUCUGCUCCAGAGAAAUGUCAAUUAGGGAGUAUUUCUGGAACUAGCAUUAAGGCGACGUGUGUUUUCUAUAAAAGACAAAGAUGAAAGAAGCAGUACCGAGCCAAAUUGAGUCAAUUAAAAGUACUUUGAUAUGAGUUUAAUGAACAGAUUACCAAUAGUCUUCUCCCAAUCCCAGCAUCUCUUCGCUAUUAAUGACUUCACUCUCAAACCAGACGCAAAGAGAACGACGGUAUCAUUAGAAUACAGAAAACUACAAAAUACCUGUAUCUAAUUCUGCUUAAUUAUUCAAUUCAUUUUUCUUUCCAGUAAAAUUGUGUUCGUUAUAAAGAGUAAUUAUAAAAUGAUUUUCUUUCCCUAUUUCUUCCCGAUUAAAUGGAAAUCAUACGCAUACUUAUAUAUGCAACAUAAAUGUAUGUCAAAAUGGUCAUAAUACAAUAGACAUGCAUGUACUUCAGAGUUGAAACAAAAACACGAAAGAGCUAAGAAGUAAAAUUCAUAUAUGAUAUUAGGAUAUAAAAAAUCCACCUGAAAAGUAAGAAUACCGGAUUAAAGAAAACGAAGAAAUCGAGAGUUAGAUCAUUGUUGUCCAUUAGCGCGAGUAAGGCGGCGAUGGACCGUUCUUUAACCAGUCAAGUUCUCGGAUUUUCUAACAAUUGAAUACCAAUACUUGAUUGGCAGAUAUUUCUAUCCAUUUGCCGAUACAAUGGGCGGAUAUGUUCGAUCCCCGUUCACUGGUAACACAAAUUAAUAUAAUCAAAUGCUCGUUGUAUAAAGAUUUCAAAACAUUGCAAUCUGACGUGUUAAUCAACAAAUCGUCGCAUUGACUGUUUCGAAAAGUUUCUCGAAUGAAGUUGAAGUAAUUUUGAUUGUUUAUUGAAAACGAGAUAUCUAUUUCUUUAAGAACCUACUGCAAUUCUUGUAUACGAUAUAAAAAUGAUGAACUUUGCUCAUAAUCCGACUUACGUCGCGGCUCUUGGAAUGUCGACUUCACUCGGACUUCCAGCACACGCUUUCCCGCCAAAUUCUAUCGGAACGGGAAGUCGGGACAGAAUGUUACCGCAGAGAUCUCCUUUCGCCAUCCAGGAACUUUUAGGCCUAGGAAAUGACGAUAGUGAGAGGAUGCGGGUGUCUGAAGCCAUGAUCAGUCCUUACCUGUCACCCUCGUUAGAGACAUCUCGGGGGUCGGGGUUGAAAGACACAAAUCCUCAUCUUCCCCCUUACUCCUCCUGGCGAUCUUCGUUUCUGAGCGCGCUCACGAGCACUGCUCACUCCGUCCUUAAUCUGACAUCACCAGUCACAAAGAGUGGUAUCAAAGAAGUUUCCGAACAGUCCAGCAGUGAAAAGGGGGGCUACGAAAGUACAGAACCCCAUGUUGUUGGGAAAAAGAAGAAGAAGAAACGGCGACAUAGAACAAUAUUCACAAGUUACCAGCUAGAAGAAUUAGAGAAAGCAUUCAAAGACGCUCAUUACCCCGAUGUUUAUGCACGUGAGGUGCUAGCUCUAAAGACGAGUUUACCAGAGGACAGGAUACAGGUAUGGUUCCAAAAUCGUCGAGCGAAAUGGCGGAAGACUGAGAAGACGUGGGGCCGUAGCAGCAUCAUGGCGGAGUAUGGACUGUAUGGUGCCAUGGUUCGUCACUCGCUUCCGCUUCCGGAUACCAUCCUCAAAAGUGCUAAAGAGGGCGUCAUGGAUUCCUGUGCGCCGUGGCUUCUGAGCAUGCAUAAGAAGUCCAUAGAAGCGGCGGAAAAAAUGAAAAGCGUUGACGACUCCCGAUCGGACACUUCCUCCCCGGACAUGCGCGAUAGGGAUGAACGGCGAUCGGAAAGCAUCGCCACAUUACGGGCUCGUGCACAAGAGCAUAACGCAAAAAUCGGAUCAGAACUUUGUGACAAAACAGAUUCAGACAGUGAAGAUGGCGAAUCAAAUCCAUAUCAUAGCCGAUUUGAAGAACCUCGUUCCGAGUCAGAAAAAAUACUUUCAAAUGAAGAGAUUGAAGUUGUGUAAUAUAUUUAAAUUAUUGUAUAUAUAGGCAUGAUUUAUUAUUAUUAUCAUUAUAAUUAUCCAAAUGAUAUUCAUUGUAGAAUUCAAAAUAAAUUUGUGACAUAAUACAUUGUACAUACAUGUAUGUACAUAUUUAUCGAA